AUGCAACUCCGUGUCUUCCUCGUAUUGACUGCGGCGAUACUCAGCAGCCCUCUGGUUGUCGCCGACACAACUGUCACUAUUGCAAUGACUUCGAACUGGGGAACCUGGGAUGGCUGGGGAACGUCGCUGGCCUGGUCGGGAAAGCGGUUUGGCAACCGGAAUGAUUUGGCGGAUAUCUUGUUCACGCGCAACGACACCCAGCUCAAUGGCCAAACCUUGCCCGGUAUGGGGCUGAAUAUUGCGCGUUAUAAUGCCGGCGCAUGCAGCUGGAAUAAGCUCAGUUGGGAUAACGACGCGACCAUGGUUGAAUCGCCUAACAUAGACCACUCCUGGCAGAUGGAGGGCUAUUGGCUCGAUGGAAUCAGCGGGGAUCCGGCCACGGUAAGCUGGAACUGGAGCGUUGACGCAAACCAACGGGCCAUGCUGCAGAAGGCAAAAGCCCGCGGCGCUGACCGUUUCGAGCUGUUUAGCAACUCGCCUAUGUGGUGGAUGUGUUCUAAUCAUAACCCGUCGGGCUCGAAUUGCAUCCAGCCAAUCAGUGGCUGUAACGACGAGAACCUGGACCCAAAAUACCAGACCCAGCACGCUGUGUAUUUGGCCACUAUCGCCAAGUACGCUCGAGACAAUUGGGGUCUGACCUUCGAGUCCGUGGAGCCGUUCAACGAGCCUUCAUCACACGGGUGGAUUGGCUAUAUGGGCCCUUUCGAAGCCUGGUUGGCCGAGAAGUUGGGAUAUGGCAACUGGGGCAGACAAGAAGGGUGUCACAUUAAUUGGGAUACAAUGCCGAAUGUGAUUGAGGCACUGCGAAGCGAGCUUGACAACCGUGGCCUACACGGGACCUUGGUAGCGGCGUCGGACGAGUACUCGUACAGCGAAAGCGUCGACACGUGGAAGCAUCUCAAUGACUCCGGGAUAAAGGUACAACGUUGGAACGUUCACGGAUACCAAGAUGGGCCACGUGAUGUCCUGCGUGAUCUGGUCCACGGCCAGGGCCAGAAACUGUGGAUGAGCGAGUACGGUGAUGGUGAUGUCACUGGCAAGACACUGGCCAACCAGUUGCUGCUCGACUUACGCUGGCUGCGGCCCACGGCCUGGGUGUACUGGCUGGUGCUUGACGGGGGUAACUGGGGGCUUAUCGACGCUCCUACCGCGACUGGUGUGGUUGGGGCCGUAAGUCAGAAAUACUUCGUCCUCACACAGUUCACGCGCCACAUCCGGCCCGGCAUGCGUAUUCUCGACAGUGGCGCUAAAAACGUGGUGGCGGCGUACGAUGACGCGAAGCAGUUGCUGGUAGUCGUCGUGGUGAACUUGGGCGAUGCGCAAAAUUUCCAAUUUGAUAUGCCGCUCUUCGCAAAGCCCCCAACUAAUGCACGGCCUAUUAGGCGCUGGGUCACCAAGAUUGGCAGCGGUGGAGAACGUUAUGAGUUCUCUAAUUUGACAUGGAACUCCCCUGGAACGGCGUUCGAGGUGUCCGUCGAUGCGAACAUGGUGCACACGUUUGAAUUCGACGACCUUGUUGCGAGCGACCACUACCCGAUCCUGGCCAACGCCACCUGGGCCUCUGGCGGUGAACUGCAGCAGUCUGACUUCUAUGGCGGCUAUAACCCCCGCAGCCCGGUCAGUGAUGUGCCGGCUCUGGCUGCUAAAAGUAGCAGACCCAAGCCGGUGAAGCUUUCCUUCCAUGGGGGAGAUCGGGUCGACAGCGUCGGUCUGACGCUAGCUGACGGUGCCGUCGUCAAGCACGGCGGCGGUGGCGGUACGGAAGCGAGCAUGACGCUCGGCAGUUCCGAGUACUGGACGUCGGCGGAGCUGUGCCAGGCCAAUCGCGGCGGUGGGAUAGACUAUGGCAUCGUCUAUAUCAAGGCCAUAACUAGCAACGGUGGCACCUUGGAGGCCGGCCACAGAAGCAGCGAGUGCCGCAUCUUCAAUGCGCCGAGUGGGUGGCAGAUCAUUGGUUUCGUAGCCUGGGAGGGCUGGGAGAUAGACGGGCUUUCCUUUGUGUACGGACCUCAGCAAGUUAGCAGGUCAACAGGGUGA